UAAAGCUUAAAGAAGAUUAGAUAGAUCGAUCAAUGGAGUAGCUGAAAGGGAUUCAUUAACCAAUAUAUAUCUUCGGCAAUUUGACAUGACAACGAUUACAGAAAUGCGGGUGCAUAUGGACUGUGCCGGAUGCCAAAGCAAGAUUCGGAAGGCCCUCCAAAGAAUUAAAGGUGUUGAUGAGGUGGACAUCGACAUGGCCUUGCAAAAGGUUACAGUGACCGGAUGGGCCGACCAAAAGAAAGUCCUUAAGACGGUGAGGAAAACUGGACGAAUGGCUGAAUUAUGGCAAUUUCCAUACAAUCCCGAAAUGAGGAACCACAACUACACCGGCCACAACCACCACUUCAACCAUCACAACUCUGGCAACCCUUCGAUUUACUAUACAGCUCCACCCCCAGCAUCGUCAUACAACUACUACAAACAUGGUUACAAUAUUUACAAUGGCUCUCGGAUUUAUUAUAAUGGAAAUUCAACGAUCUUUGGGAGUCGAACAGGCGAUACUUUUAGCGAUGAAAAUCCACAUGGAUGUUCUAUCAUGUAACAUUAUUUAUUUAUUUAUUUUUAUUUUGAAAUUUUUAUGAUAAUAAAGAUGGUUCACAUAAAAUUAUAUUAAUAGUACGAUGACAACAAUA